AUGCGUUCUUCUCUCGUUCUGCUCGCCGGCCUGGCGGGUUCGGCUCUCGCCUACCCUACCGAUAUGGCCGUUGAGCGCCGUACUCUGGGUCUCCUCGGUGAGCUCCUUGGCGAUCUCACUGUCGACGUGACUGGCAUCCUUGGCGCCGUCCUCGGUGGCCACAAGUCCGCUGGCCAUCUUGCUGGUCUGAGUGCUGAGGCUGCUGCUGCUCUCGAGGGUGGUGCUCUUGGCUGCAAGUCCGGUGCUAUCCACCACAAGGCUAAGGCCGCCCUCAAGCUUUGGUUGCUUUUCCACGCUGACCUUGACCUCUCCCUCAAGAAGUCACUGAUCUCGUGGUGUGAGAGUAACGACGAGCUGGUCCUCUCCGCAGACGUCCUGGCUGCUCUGUCCGUGUACAUCCCCGGAUGUGCCGACAUCGCUGCCAAGGGCCAGCUUUACGUGACCAUUGACGGUAUCUUUGAGGCCUCUAGCCUCGAAUCUGCUCUCGUCUUGAGCAUUGGUGCCCAAGCCUCCCUUUCAGCUUGGAUCGAGGCUAAGCUUGAUCUUGACUUGGAUGUCAAGGUCGGUCUGAAUGUCUGCGCCGCUGGUGGUGUUAUCGGCAGUCUGUCGGCUGACAUCAAGGCUUCUCUUCUUGCAUGGAUCAACAGCAAGGACUGUGACCUCAGCGCUCACCUUAAGGUUUCCGUUCUGGCCUGGAUCAAUGGUCAUGCCGGUGGCGACCUUGUUGAGAUUGGUACUAUUGCUGAGACCGCUCUCUCUGCCAUCUCCGUCGGUGCUUCCGUCGGCGCGCACAUUGAGGAGUCUGGCCUCCUGUCUGUUGGUGGGCAGGCCUCCCUCGCCGCCUUCUUGGGCCUUGAUCUCUCGGCUGAUCUCGCUGCUGAUGUCAAGCUCGCUCUCGAGGCAUGCGCCAAGGGCGAACUCGCCGUCGCCGUGGACCUUGAUAUCCGCACCAAGCUCGCUAUCUGGCUUGCCAGCGCCGACUGCUCUCUGGGCGUUGAGCUCAAGGCUGUCGUCCUUCUUUGGUUGUCCUUCGCUGUCGAGGCUGAUGUCUCCGUUUCCAGCGGCCUUGUUGGCGGUCUUCUGGGCGAUGUCAACGAUAUCCUGACCGGGUCCCUCCUCGCCGGUCUCAGUGUUGACCUCCGUGGUGCCCUUUCCCUCUGCGCUGCCGGUGGUAGUCUGACUGGCCUGACUCUCGACGCCCGUGCUGAGCUCGCUGCCUUCCUUGGUGGCUGCACUUCCCUUGACAUUGAUAUCAGCAUCCAGAUCAUCAUCAUCCAGUGGUUCACCGGCUGCAGCAUCCCCGGUGCUCCCUCUGGCCAUGCCUCGUCUUCCGUUCCCAGCCUGCCCUCCAGCACCCCCUACCUGCCCGGUCCCUCCGCUGUGCCUUCCGGUCCCGGUGCCUCCAUCUCUGUAUCUAUUCCCGCCGGUACCCCCGUCCCCAGCGGCCCCGCUGCCACCACCCCAUGUGACACCGAGACUUCACAGAUUGUCAGCUCCACCGUGAUCCCUGGCGGUCCCAACGGCUCCGGUUCUCUCACUGUCACCAUCCCUGUCAUGCCUACCGGUACCGGCUCUGUUCCCUCUGGCCCUGCUCCCUCUGGCCCUGCUCCUACCGGCUCCACCACCGUCUCGGUCCCUGCUGUUCCUACCGGCACCGGCCCUGCUCCCUCUGGCCCCGCUGCCACCACUCCCUGUGAGACCGAGACCUCCGAGAUCAUCAACUCAACCGUGAUCCCCGGCGUUCCAGCUCCCUCCGGCCCGGCUGGUACCACCACCGGCGUCUUAGUUCCUUCCGGCCCCACAGCAUCCGGCCCGGCCCCUACCAGCCCUCCCACCCUCCCCACUGGUGGUGACUCUGGAUCCGAUAAAGUCACCGUCACCCAGACUGUGACUGCCACUGUCUGCGGUUGCGAGUAA